AUGCGAGUAACAAACUACUCGUGCCAUCUCAUCCCAAAAUUUCACUUCUCUUCCUUCACAGGAGCGCCAUCGCUGCUCACAAAGAAAUCAUGCAUAGACCUCCUAAAAUCCUGCAAGUCCAUGCCGCAUCUCAGGCAAAUACAGGCCCAUAUCUUCACCCAUGGCCUCCACCACAACAUCGACGUGCUGCACAAGCUCGUGGCCUUCACCUCGGCGGCUAAUCUAGCCCACGCUGACAAGAUCCUCGCCCGAAUCGAACGCCCGACCCUGUUCAUUUACAACGUAAUGAUCAAGGCUCAUGCGAAAUCCGGUAGUUUUCGGGAAGCCCUUUUCCUGUUCGACGAAUUGCGCGCGCGGGAGUUGUGUCCCGAUAAUUACACAUACCCUUUCGUGUUCAAGGCUGUCGUGGGGCUGGGGCUGGUUCGUGAGGGUGAAAAGAUUCAUGGGUUCGUGUUGAAAAGUGGAGUUCUGUAUGAUUCUUAUGUCUGUAAUUCGGUUUUGAAUAUGUACGGAGAGCUGGGGUUUGUACUGUGCUUGAGUAAACUGUUCGAUGAAAUGCCGUUGAGAGACUUGGUCUCUUGGAACGUGUUUAUUUCUGGUUUAGUGAAGAACAACAGGUUUGAAGAUGCUGUUCGCGUCUACAAGAAAAUGAGGGGAGUGAAAAGUGUGCUGCCGGAUGAGGCCACGGUUGUGACCACUCUAUCGGCUUGUACGGCGUUAAAAAAUUUGGAUCUUGGUCGUGAGAUUCAUGAGUAUGUAAAAACACAGCUGAAUUUUACGUUGAUAAUAGGAAAUGCACUUCUCGAUAUGUAUGCCAAGUGUGGGUGCUUAGAUAUAGCCAUGAAAAUAUUUAACUCCAUGCCGGAAAAGAAUGUGAUCUGUUGGACGAGCAUGAUGUCGGCAUAUGUGAAUGCUGGCCGUCUGAAUGAGGCCCGUGCACUGUUUGAGAGGACCCCAGUCCGGGAUCUCAUCCUGUGGACGACCAUGAUUAAUGGGUAUGUGCAGUUUAACGAGGUUGAUGAGGCUAUGGCCUUGUUUAGGUACAUGCAGAUGGAGAGAAUUAAGCCGGACAAGUAUACUUUAGUUGCUUUACUUACUGGAUGCGCUCAAUUGGGAGCAUUGCAACAAGGCGAGUGGAUUCACACGUACUUGUUGGACAAUCGAAUAAAUAUUGAUGCUGUGGUUGGUACUGCUUUAAUCGAGAUGUAUGCAAAAUGCGGAUGUUUAGAGAAAUCGUUAUAUAUUUUUUACCAGUUGAAACAAAAGGAUACGGCAUCGUGGACUUCCAUAAUAUGUGCGCUUGCUUUGAACGGAAACACAUCUAAGGCGUUAGAAUUAUUUUCUGAAAUGAUAGAAGUCGGGAUUAGACCUGAUGAUAUCACCUUUAUAGGCGUUCUGAGUGCCUGCAGUCAUGGUGGGCUGGUUGAGGAAGGGCGUCGGCAUUUCGACUCCAUGGCUAGGGUUUAUCAGGUAGAGCCGAAGCUUGAGCACUAUGGAUGCCUGAUCGACCUUCUUGGUCGUGCAGGGCUCUUGGAUGAGGCCGAGGACAUGAUAAAUAAAGUCUCCAGUCGAGAAAACGAGAUUGUCGUGCCACUUUAUGGAGCACUGCUUAGUGCUUGCAGGAACUAUGAGAACGUGAAUAUGGGUGAACGUAUUGCAAGGCGGCUCUUGGAGAUUGAGUCGAGUGAAUCCAGCAGUCAUACUCUCAUGGCCAGCAUUUAUGCUGCGGCCAGUAGAUGGGAGGAUGUGACGAGAGUCAGAGAUAGAAUGGCUGCUGUGGGGUCCAAGAAGCUGCCUGGAUGCAGUGCAGUCGAAAUUGGUAAUGCCGGCUAG